UCAACAGUAGCAAGCUAACAUGUUUGCAGUUUCCUUGUUGUAAAAGGUUUAAACAUAGUUGUGCGUUUAGUUUCAGGCACUAUUAUUUAAUUUUUCACUUUAGAUAUAAAUGUAACAUUGUACCAAAUUGUACUCUGACUCGGUGCUUCCAUCGAUGGCACAUAAAGCUAAAUUCAUUGUCUCAAACGAUGGAUAAGGGAUUGACAUCUAUGUUAUGACUGACAAGAAGACUUAACCAAUCUCUCAGUUGCAUCCUGCCUCCCAGCACCCAAUCCUCUUGGAUUAGAGGAGGGAUUAUGAAUUGGAUUUGCCUCUGCUUUGCAGACAGUCCCCAAUAUCUGGUCCAUCAUGGACUGGGUUGUGCUUACUUUGAUUCCCUGAGGAUAUGUGUUACCUACUUGUAUUGCUGUAUGGCUUUUUACACCUUGAAGACAACACAUUACCCUAUAUCAUUGAGUAUGAUACAUACUCACAUGCUUAUUUUAUCCUAAUAUGGGCACGGUCAUAACAUGCUGCAUUUUUGAAGUAUGAUUUAGCCUAAAUUCCAACUGCCUACUUUUGUCCUCUAUUUUUAGUGGAAGCCUAAGGUACCAGUAUGUCUACAGCCUUGAUAAAGUCUGAUGAUGAGUUUUACCUGAACAGGCAUUUGAAUCCAUGAGCUUUAUGAAUCCAUGAUGUCCUGUUCUGUAGCUGAAACCACAAGACGUCUGGCCUGUGUGUCUGGGAGCCCUGUAGCCAACAGUCACUGCCACUCUCUUCUAAUAGGACUAAAUAAGACUCAAGCCCUAAACAAUCACAGAUGGACAGGUGAAAACUGAGAUGCCAAGAGGUGGCCUUUAUUUUAAACCUUGUUAUCCUCUCUGGUUCCUUAAAGGGACAUGAAAAUAUUCACAACCUUAACAGUGUCCCCUCAGAUGUUGUCUUUUGCCAUAUAAAAAAAAUGCCUUUAAACAUUAGAGCCAAGCCAACGCAGAGCAAGCUAUCUGCUGGCUCAAAGAGCAGUGGGCACACCGAUGGCGGAACAUCUCAUUCACGCUUUUCAAGAUCCCCUAAACAGGGGAAAGGCAAACAGGCUGUAAGCUCAGCACCAGGCUCCCGCUCAGGGCUAGAACCAGGCUCUGUGUCAGGAGGUUUGCCUGCACCAGCGCCUAAAUCGGCUGGAGGUCAAGGGUCAGCGUCAAGGCCAGGUUCAAAGAUCAAACCCGGCACAACAGCAGACAAAGGAGCAACCCGUGGUUCAGCUACAGCUCCAGGGGGUAAAACCCUGUCUAUGGAGAACAUCCAGUCUUUGAGUGCUGCCUAUGCCACUUCAGGCACUAUGUACCCCUGUGAGCGGGAUGCCUUGGAACCCUCAGGCGGUUACCCCAAAGGCACCAUGACGCUGGGCAGGAGCACCAGCCGCUCCUCCUACACUGGCAGGACAACAGUUAUGGGCAGCAGCCCAAACAUCACCUCCUCUGGGCUGCAUCACCCAUCAGACCACUAUGGAGACCAAACCUUGCUUUCUGCUGGGACUUCCAGUCUGCGGCGCCAGUCUGGGAGACAUCCACAGGCACUGGAUUCGUUUGGACGGGGAGAAGCUCCCACGUUUGAUCUCCAGGCUCAGCUGAAGGAGCUGCAGAGGGAGAACGACAACCUGAGGAGAGAACUGGAUGGAGGUAGGGAUGGAAGGACAGGCCCCAGCAUGAACAAUGUCAACUUCUGGAGUCCGGAUGUAAAGAGAGACAAGGGGGUUAGGAGGGAGGACGGAGGGAGGACCUCGGUUCUGAAGGACCAUUACAGGACAAACCAAGAGGAUGUACAGCAGCUUCCACUAACAGUUCAGGAGCUUCAGGAGGAGCUGAGGGCUCACAGGGAAAUGAACAGUCGCCUACAGCACCAGCGACAGCAGGGGAACUCUGGCUCCUGUCGAGAACUCCGUAUGGAUCAGGACCACAGAGGGGGCCUCAGCCCUGGCCCCAGCCCCAGACAAAGCCCCAGCAACCUCCACAGUCCUGGACCAAAGAACAGCCCGAGAGCCAGCCCAUCCAACACCUAUAAUCCAAGGCAACAGGAAGCUGACAUCAUUAUUCACAGCCCUGGUUAUGGCUGUAAUACUGCAGUAGCAACACAGAGAAUCAGCCCAGCCAACACCCUUCAGCCUGGGCCGAGGACCAGCCCAAAUCAGCCCCUUUACAGUCCUAACCAAGGUCCGUUGGUAGUGCCCAGCUCUAGUUCAGUCCGGCCCUGCAGCCCCUGCCAGGUGCCCGGGUGUGACGGCUUCUCUUCACCCCCUCCUCUGGAUCCGUCAGAGGAAAAUUUCUUCCGCCUGCAGUCGGAGCACGAGCGCCAGGCCAAGGAACUGUUCCUGCUGAGGAAGACCAUGGAGGAGAUGGAGCUGAGAAUCGACUCUCAGAAGCAGACGCUUGGCGCCCGGGACGAGAGCAUCCAGAGGCUGCUGGAGAUGCUUCAGGGCCAAGGUCAAAGUCAGGGACACUGGGGCCGGGGACAGAGAACAGGCAUCAUAACUAUGGCGGCGCAGGAGGCUGAAGCCCAGCUAGAAAACAUGCAUGUGAGAGAGGAGCUUCAUCGUCGGAACCAGCUCCAGGCCGAUCCGGCCAAGACCAGGGCUCUGCAGACUGUCAUUGAUAUGAAGAACACCUCCCCUCCUUUCUGUUUUGAUCCUGACGUUAUCUGGCAGGACACCAAGAUCUCUUCCCUGGAGAGGAACAUCCGAGACUUAGAGGAUGAGGUCCAGAUGUUAAAGACCAGCGGCCUGCUGCACUCUGAUGACAGGCAGGAUGAACUCAAGCAGGUGGAGGUCUACAAGAGCCAUUCUAAAUUCAUGAAGACUAAGGAGCAGGCCUUGUCACCAUGUGUGUCUUCCAUCAGACCAGCUCCCACCUUCCUACUCCCCACCCAACAGCCUUGGAUCACAGAACAAGCAGAAAUAGAGCAGCUGAAGCAGGAGCUGAACAGGAAGGAGUCAGAGAUGCAGGCCCUGCAGACCAAACUAGAAACACUGACCAAUCAGAACUCAGACUGCAAGCAACAUAUCGAGGUGCUAAAGGAGUCGCUCAACGCCAAGGAGCAACGCGCCAAUACACUGCAGACAGAGGUAGAUGCUCUGCGUGUGCGUUUGGAGGAAAAGGAGCAGUUCUUGACAAAGAAAACCAAGCAACUACAGGACCUGACUGAUGAAAAGAGCACACUAACUGGAGAGAUCAGAGACAUGAAGGACAUGUUGGAUGUCAAGGAGAGGAAGGUCAAUGUCUUACAGAAGAAGAUUGAGAACCUGUUGGAGCAAUUAAAGGAUAAGGACAAACAGCUGAGUGGGUUGAGGGAAAGGGUCCAAGGCCUUCAGACCGAUUCCAGCAACACAGACACAGCUCUGGCCACACUGGAGGAGGCCCUAUCAGAAAAGGAGCGAGUGAUUGAGAAUCUCCGGGAGCAGAAGGAGCGGGAGGACAGGGUUCGACUGGAGGAGCUGGAGCAGAUGAAGAAGGAGAACCAGGAACUGAAGGACAAACUGUUAGCCGUGCAGCCCCAGAAAGUGUCCCAGAGUCAGCCUGCUAAUCCUGUGUCGACCCAGAACCAGAGGCUUGAUGGAGAGGUGCCAGCAAAAGUAGAUGCGCUACCAGCUGUGAGCCCCACGACCCAGAACACGGAAGAAGCAGCGCGGAAGUGUCCGGACAUCACAGAUCGUCUGAGGCUGCUGGAGCAGGAAGUGGCUCGCUACAGAGAGGAAUCUGGAAAGUCACAAGCUGAGGUGGAGAGACUGAUGGCAGCGCUGAGGGAUGCUGAAGUGGACAGAUCGGGCAAAGAGAAAAAAAUUGCUGAUCUUGAAAGGCAAAUCAAGUCUCCUAACAUCCAGAAGCAGAUGGUGCCGAGUGAGAUGAGGAAAGAUAACCUGACAGAUGGACACCCACACUCUUUAUCGCAGCUUCCUCUUUCAGCUUCCCAGGAUGCCAUGCGGGAGACGGCGGAGCGGAUCAGGGAUUUGGAGAAGGCACUGAGGGAGAGCAUGAACACCUCCGCACAUAGGGAGGCGCUCUGGGCACAGGAGGAAGCUGCCCGUGUUCAGGCCCAGAGACAGUUGGAGGAGCUGAUGGGGGCUUUGGAGAAGACACGUCAGGAGCUGGAUGCCACGAAGUUGCGUCUGUCCUCCACUCAGCAAUCCCUGCACGAGAGAGACGGACACCUCAACAGCCUGCGCCAUGAGAGACGCAAACAGCUGGAGGAGAUUCUGGAGAUGAAGCAGCAGGCUUUGCUGGCAGCCAUCAGUGAGAAGGAUGCUAACAUUGCCCUGCUGGAGUUAUCCUCCUCCAAACGGAAGAAAGCACAGGAGGAAGUAAUGGCUCUAAAGAGGGAGAAGGACAGGCUCAUGCACCAGCUCAAACAGCAGACUCAGAGCAGAAUGAAGAUGAUAGCGGAUAACUAUGAGGAAGAUCACAUCCACCCCCAGCAUCAUCCUCACCAUUCUCACCACUUGCAUCCAGCAAAUGUGCAUCACCGAAGCCUGCCGAGAGGGCCCCCCCAUGCCAACCACAGACCCCCUAUGGACCAGGAUGAUGAGGAGGGAAUAUGGGCAUGAUGGCCAUCACCGUGGGAACCCUGCAUCCAUUUGUUCACACUGCUUGGAGAGCCAGGUACCAAGAGGCUCAGGAGUUUCAACUGCAAGCUACACACAUUCAACCCACCGUCACCACAUAUAAACACACAUAAACAGAUAUAGCCUACACACGCUCCAGGAGCCACCAUUGCAAUGCAUUUCUCUUCUUCACUGACAAAUGCCAUGGCCCCAUUGUGGGUGAAUGUCCCUCAUCGAAGCAUCAGUCUUCAGUGUGGAGCUUCAAGGUAUUGGCAAGUGGUCCGCUGCCUUCAUUUCCCUAGCUGUUUUCAAUAGACUGGGAGCUGGAUUCAUUUUACAGUACUGCGGUGCUACAGAGCUCUGGCUUCACAUCAACCGACAAUCACUCCACCACUGUCGACUACUAGUGUGGCUAAGCUGAGCCAGCGGAACUAGCCGUAAACCCAUGCCAAGCCCGGACUGGUUUAUGGUGGCAUGAAUGUGUUUACUUCUACAGCUAAAUGUCGGGACUUUUGUAAAUAUCACAACAUGGACCUCAAAAUCCACAAUCCACCGAGACCUUCUUGAUGUACCGUGCCAAAGGAGAUGUCCCUGUCUGCUGAAACAAAUUACUGAAAUGCGACUGCAUCUGAAUCAUUUCUGAUCCAAGACUACCAGUAAACCACCCUAGUUACUCAUUUGCUUGUCUAUCUCCUACUUCCUGCGGAGAGAUCAACAAUAAAUGGCAUGUUUAGGCUGAAGAUGCCCCACAAAACAGUUUGAGGAUCAGCUUACACCUUCUCUAAAAAUCAGGACCUUAAUUAACAGGAAAAGAAAUAAAGCUGACCUCAAAUCAGCCAGCUUACUGUAAGAACAGUCUGUUUAUACAUUUCUCCUUGUGUUCCUUUUAGCCUGCUGUGCAUUUGUUUAAUGAACCAAUAUCAUGUUCUGUUUGCUUUUCUACAUCCGAAACAGUUUUGAGUGCCACUCUUUCUUUUUUUUUUUCUGAAGUUGUAACAGCUGUGUGUGACUUAUACUGAUGAGUGAUGUGUUAUUUUGUUGUCUAUUUAUUGAUCCUGUGAAUCUGAGUGGUCUAAUCUGUUUAUAAUGAAGUGACUUGCAUUUUACAGCACUGUGUCGUUACUUUUUUCACUGUACUGGAGCUUGACCUGAGGUGACGAUAAUGUACAGUAUCGUUGUGUUUUGAUUCAACUGUAAAACAGUAUUUCCAUUGGGCCCUUACCUAAUAUGUACAGUUUUUGUACUGUGUGUGUGUGUGUGUGUGUGUGUGUGUGUGUGCGCGCGCAUGUGUGUGUGUGUGUGUGUGUGUGUGUGUGUGCAUGUGUGGUUUCGUGCUGCUCUCAUGAUUGUGAUGACUGUGAAAGUUUAGGGGUAACGCUAUUCACCCUUGACUUACUCUACAGUGUUUUGCAGUGGUCAGCUUGUUUCUGUUGUUUGAAUAAAAGUUAUUUGCAUAAGAACACCAA